CUCCGCUCCUCCUCAGCUCAACACACACAUCCAUUGUACACAACCGGGCAGGCGGCUCACGCACACACACGCACACACCCACACACACACACACCCACACACACACAUAUGCACAUGCAGACGCAGACGCACACUCGCGCACAGCAUCGAUCGUGGCUCCUUUAAGAAAGCCUAAGCCAGAAUUAUCACCCCACCUCCUCUUGAUCUCCUCUAGACGCGUUUGCAUAAGAAAAUCAAGCCGGGAGCCGAGAGUGAUCAAAGCGAGCGAGAGGAGAGCUGCUCCGUGCUGAACUGUGAUUGUGGCCAUUAACACUGAGCUGGUGCCGAUCCCGUGGAGACGCGCGGCGGACCAUCACUCAUCCGGUACUUUUUGACAAGCCCUCGCGCUUUGACUGACAGGCGGAGGGGCAGAAAGCCAUGAGAGUCGCCGCUUCGGUGUGAGGGGGCUUUUUAUUUCCACCCGGGCUUUUGGGAGAAGGAGUCUGGCGCCGCUGCCCCCGAGGAGGACAGCCGAGGACCUACGCGCCGCGCCUGGGCUCAACUUGCGCAGAAAAGCGCGGACUGGCUUCUUCAGCGUGGAAAAGGAAGGCGCACGGGAUUUUUUGGUCCGACACCGCUUCACCCAUUUGUUUGGAUUUUCUUUCUUCACCUCGUCUCCAUCCUGGCCUCGGAGGGGAUUUAUCUCAAGUGAAAGAAGGACCAGGGAGUGAGGAGGGUUAUGGCGCAACGGUACGAAGACUUGCCCCACUACGCGAUGGACGGGGUGGGCAUCCCGACCACCAUGUACGGGGACCCGCACGGCGCCCGGUCCAUGCAGGCGGUGCACCUCAACCACGGGCCCCAGCUGCACUCCCACCAGUACCCGCACACCGCCCACACCAACACCAUGCCCCCCAGCAUGGGCUCCUCCGUUAACGACGCUCUCAAGAGAGAUAAAGACGCUAUAUACGGGCACCCCCUGUUCCCCUUGCUUGCACUGAUUUUUGAGAAAUGUGAAUUAGCGACGUGCACCCCCAGAGAGCCCGGGGUGGCGGGAGGAGACGUCUGUUCAUCGGAAUCCUUCAAUGAAGACAUAGCAGUGUUUGCAAAACAGAUUCGGGCGGAAAAGCCUUUAUUUUCAUCAAAUCCAGAAUUGGAUAAUCUGAUGAUUCAAGCCAUCCAAGUUUUACGAUUUCAUCUUCUGGAGCUGGAGAAGGUACACGAGCUGUGUGAUAACUUCUGUCACCGGUACAUCAGCUGCUUGAAAGGAAAGAUGCCCAUCGACUUGGUCAUAGACGACAGGGAGGGCGGCUCCAAAUCAGACACCGAGGAAAUCACGAGAUCAUCGGUGGCCCUGGAUCAGCUCACAGAGAGUAAACAAGCGAGAGCUGAAGUGGAGGAGGCCACGGAGACAGAAAAUCAGAAAGAAAAUCAGUUUCCACGAGUGUCGUCUAAAUGGACUUUGAAAGCUCUGACGUCCUGGAACAGAGAUCAUGACGACACGGCGUCCACACGCUCCGGAGGAACACCGGGGCCGUCCAGCGGCGGACACACAUCGCACAGCGGAGACAACAGCAGCGAACAGGGCGACGGCCUGGACAACAGCGUGGCCUCGCCGAGCACGGGGGACGACGAUGACCCGGAUAAAGAGAAGAAGCGCAACAAGAAGAGGGGGAUCUUCCCGAAGGUGGCCACCAACAUCAUGAGAGCGUGGCUCUUCCAGCACCUAACAGUUCAUAAACGCGAGGAGGAGAAUAGUCCAGCCGAUGAUCGACCAGUCAAACCGUGCAGUAAGUCAAGGAGCUCCCUACAAUCCAGAUGGCCAGCCGAUGGGGGGCUUCGUCAUGGACGGCCAGCAGCACAUGGGAAUCAGACCACCUGGACCAAUGGGUGGAAUGGGGAUGAACAUGGGCAUGGAAGGUCAGUGGCACUACAUGUAGCCCCGCCCCAGUUCGACCAAUCGCAACACAAAGGAGGACAACUGCAGGGCCAACCGGGGGAUAACGUGUCUCACAGAGGCCUACACGGAGCAUGGGAACGGGAGCUUCCUGACGACUACAACCAACAGCAGCCCCUCUGUCAACCUCCAAGACCCAACAACAUUUGAUUCGGCUGAUAAUCUGCAACAGGGAAACCUAUAAUCCUUGUAUCCAGGGAUGGCGACGCACAGAAGAUCAAACCUCACCCAACUCAGACGACCCGCUGUCCCGACAAACCCCUGCUUCUUCUCUGGUGGGCACGAGACUUUCCCCCUCUUGCCGGCCACUAGUUUCACAUGGAUUCCUCCGUGGAGAGUGAUUGCGAUUGCCAGAAUAGAUGACGAGAGACACACUGGGUCCUCUGCCUGUACCUUCGGCAAACGUGGCACUUGGUGAUAUUUUCUAGACUCUUUGGCAAACACAAGAGACUUCCUGCGAAGAGCACUCCACUCUUUGGGAUGAUGGGAUUGGACCAAGGAGAAGCCAAUGUCUGUAUCUGACAGGACACUAACAAAGCAAAACAAGGUGCCCUUUAAAAAAUAUAGUGGAUUGAAACAUGGAAAGAGGGAAAGCAAGAGAAAAGAAAUUAAAAGUAUAACUAUAUCAGACCCUAGUUUGGGAAGCGAGUGGAGAAAGAAAAUAUACUGUAUACUGUUGUAAAAUUACGCUGGACUCUCACAAGAACUGGGAAUUUAAGUAUUGUAAAUGCUAUUGUAUUGUUCUGCAUAUUAUGUUGUUUCUAAUAGAUUUUUUUUUUUUUUUUAAAGGAUGUGAACUUUUUUUGUUUUGUUUUUUUUCUGGUUUCUUUCCACACUAUGUGUGUGCCGUCUCUCCAUCAUCAAAUUUGCCCCCACCCUGCCCCCCCCCUCCCUCCAUUCAAUCACAAAGCAUUUUUAAAAGAAAAAGUGAAUAAACUGACGAUUCGAUCAGUCCAUCAUUUCUCGAAAGCCUUUAUUUGGAUGGAAAGAGAGCGUGUGAUAGAGAUUCAGUUUCCUGUUGCGUCCACAUACACACAGGGUACAGACACACGUAUCACUGUUGCUGUGCCUACACCCCCCCUUUCUCUAAUUAUGAUUCAUUUUGAAUAUUUUCAUAUCACUUGAUUAUAUUUUCCUCUGCUGGUGGAAAGUUUUUUAUUGGUGACUCUCUGACUGUUUUGGGGGACAUGAAACUUUAUUAUAAAUUGAUGGAUUAAACUCCGGACACAAGUUGAACGCGGUGUUUGGAGAAGCUAACAUUUGGGAUUUUCGAGGUUCUUAAUCCACUUGCCCGUCGUCCGGCUCUGGGUUGGAUCUGUUCUGUGCCGUGACGGACACAUAACGUAGGUGUCCACCUGGCUAACGUCACGACAGGCUAACAAACAUGAUGCAGAGCUUUAGUUAAUGUCUAAAAAAAAAAAAAUCACUGUGGAUGGGAAACUGCAAAGUGUGUGUCCCGCAAAAACAUGUUGUUUCCUGUUUUUCUCUGUCUUUGAUUGAGGGCCUCUGAAAGUCUAUUCCAGUGUCCUAUUGAUGUGUUUAUGUCACAAGGCCGAGCACUUGCAUGGCCAAUGGAUUCUCUCCCCCCCUCCCCCCCAUGUUUCAUGCGGCCUGAUAACAGGGAGAGGCAGAGGCUAUGGGAAAACACCAUUUAUACUACAGUCAGUUUGGAUUUAACCAGAUGAUGUAAUGAUCAACAGACAGGAGAGAAUGUAAAAGUCACUCUGCGUGUGUGUGGAGUGUGUGUGUGUGUGUGUGUGUGUGUGUGGCAGUAUGCAUGUGAGGGGGUCCAUGUGUGUGUGUGUGUGUGUGUGUGUGUGUGUGUGUGUGUGCAUACAUCCUUGUGUGGGUUAUCAAUGCAUCCAUUAUCCAUUGCUUCAAACAUGUAUAUCGCACAUCUUUAAGAUUCCUUUGAAGACGUCUUGUUUCUUAUGCUUUUACUUUGAAGGGUAUAUAUGUGCAUCUGUGUUGUAAAUAAAUACUUUUUUCUUCAAAUAACAGAA